AUGGGGUCAAUUUCCAACACCAACGGGACUCUGCCUUUCAGUUUGAAAGACACACCAGUGGAGAACCACCGGCCCAUGAAGGUUGUUAUCAUUGGAGCGGGCUUCUCCGGCAUAUACACCACAAUCCGGAUCUCACAGAGACUUAAGAAUAUUGAUCUCACGGUCUAUGAAAUGAACGACGAGGUUGCAGGUGUUUGGUGGUUGAACCGAUACCCCGGCCUUGCCUGUGACAUUCCUUCAUACUGCUACCAGUACAGCUUCGCACCCAACCCUUACUGGUCUUCACUUUAUGCCCCAGGCCCCGAAAUUCGGAAAUAUCUGCAGGAUGUGGCAGAGCGAUACGGAGCUACCCGAUUUAUCAAGACCUCUCACAAAGUAGAGACGACAACUUGGGACGCUGAGAAGAAGCUAUGGCGAAUCGUCGUGACCAACCGCAUUACAGGCGAGACAUUCGAACACACGGCAGACAUCGUCAUCUCUGCCCGAGGUGGCCUCAACCAGAUUGCUUGGCCCGACAUCAAGGGCUUGAAGAGCUUUGAUGGGAAGCUCAUCCACUCUGGCGCUUGGGACGAAAGCUAUGAUCUGCGUAACAAACGCGUCGGUGUCAUAGGCAAUGGAUCGAGUGCCAUCCAGAUCGUGCCCGCCAUCCAGCCCUUGGAAGGCUUGAAGCUGUGGACAUUCGCGCGAUCCCCUACCUGGAUCACCGCCGCGUUUGGAGACAUGGCAAUGGUGAAGUUGGGAAUGGACCCCGCGAACACAAAAUGUGUAGGAACCAAGGAGCAGGUUGAUGCCACAACGUUCUUCGAGCAGAAGAUGCGCGAGAAGCUGGACGGGCGUGAAGACAUCUUCACGACCAUGCUUCCUAAGUUCGCUGCCGGGUGUCGCCGCUUGACGCCUGGACCUGGAUAUCUCGAGGCUCUCAAGAAGGACAACGUUGAAUUCAUCAGCACGCCGAUCAAUGAGAUCACAACCAGGGGUAUCAAGCUCGCCUCCGGCGAGGAGGUUGAGCUUGACGUCAUCGUCUGCGCGACGGGCUACGACGUUGAGGCGCCGCCCCUAUUCGAGGUCAUCGGGCGCAAUGGCACCACACUGGCUAACAGGUGGAAGCCGCAGAUCGAGUCGUACCUGGCGCUUGCCGUGGACCAGUUCCCCAACUUCCUCAUCGUCGGAGGUCCCGGCAGUGGGCUGGGCUCGGGCAGUCUGGUCAGCGUGUUCGAGGCGCAGGGUGACUACGUCGUCAAGGCGAUCCGCAAGAUGCAGAAGGAGGACUAUGCGACUAUCGAGAUCAAGCCGGAACGGGUAGCCGACUUUAGCCAAUACAUCGAUGAGUACUUCAAGAACACGGUGUACACCGAUGAGUGCUCGUCCUGGUACAGGCAGGGUAAGAAGGGUGCGCGCAUUGUGGCGCUCUGGCCAGGAUCCUCAGCGCAGUGCCUCGAGGUUCUGAGGUCGCCUCGAUGGGAAGAUUACAGGUUUGAAAGCGCAGACCCAACAGGCAACCGCCUCCGGUGGUUGGGCAACGGCUGGAGCACAGUUCUCAAGGAGGGCGAUGCUUCUUGGUUCCUGGAUGAUGAUGUGGUUGAUAAGCCAGAGGAGGGAAAGCCGGAGGAGGGCGAAAAGUAUGACCGGCGCCCCUUCUCGUAUUAA